AUGAUGCUUCAACACACAGGCCAGGCGUCUGCCUCGGAAGUCAGUGCCUCUGCCAUCGUCCCGUGCCUGUCUCCUCCCGGGUCACUAGUGUUUGAGGAUUUUGCCAACUUGACUCCCUUUGUCAAAGAAGAGCUGAGGUUCGCCAUCCAGAACAAGCACCUCUGCCAGCGGAUGUCCUCUGCACUGGAGUCAGUCACAGUCAGCGACAGACCCCUCGAGAUGUCAGUCACUAAAGCAGAGGUAGCCCCUGAAGAAGAUGAAAGGAAAAAACGACGAAGGGAAAGGAAUAAGAUUGCAGCUGCCAAGUGCAGGAACAAGAAGAAGGAAAAGACAGAGUGCUUGCAAAAAGAGUCAGAGAAGCUGGAAAGUGUGAAUGCUGAACUGAAGGCUCAAAUUGAGGAACUCAAGAAUGAGAAGCAGCAUUUGAUAUACAUGCUCAACCUGCAUCGGCCCACAUGUAUUGUUCGGGCUCAAAAUGGGCGGACUCCAGAAGAUGAGAGAAACCUCUUUAUCCAACAGAUAAAAGAAGGAACACUGUAG